GAUGACUACUCGCUUUUAUUAUGAAGACGGCCAAGGAGAAUUGGUUGAUGAGGAAGGAAACGAUGCGAUGGACUGGGUUGAGGAAGCUACUCCUUUUCACAUAAGAACUCUGACUCGUAUUACAGAGUAUUGUAGAAAGCAAGAGGAAGAAGGGGUUUUCUCCGAAGAUUCCUUGAGAAAUCUUGAUGCUGAUAUGGAGGAAGUCAUAGCUACACUCGCUUUUGUGUAUUAUAACCGAAUUAAAUUAUUUAACGCAGCUAAGUCCGGGCGCUUAGCAGGUGGCAUAGCCGAGAGAACAGCACAGAAAUGGUCCAAGAAACUCAAAGAGGAUAAGGAUUGGAACAUGUUUGAGAAACAAACCAAUUUGGUCAAUAGACCAAAACCACAAUUGGAUGAAAGACAUAAGGUUCAUCUGUUAGAGUUUUACGAUAAUUGGCCACAAGCACGAGUGCUUGAUGCAAUGGAAUCACUCACUCAAAAAUUCUCUGAUCUGAAUGUGAAGAAAAAAAACUGUGUAUUCGUAGACGAGUCUGCAUUUGAUAUAAACAUGAGACCUCCUAGCGGAUGGUCUGUAAAAGGAACACCCGCUAUUACGACCACUCCAACCACUAGAGCUGUAUCUCAUACUGUAUUAGGCGCCCUUUGGAAAUAUUUAUUAACCGCCUUUUGGCGUUGGAACGACUGUACUUGUAUUCUGAAAGAAAAGUAG